UGGAAAAAAAUUAAAAACCAGCCCUGUCUGCUGACUCCGCCCCUCAGAAAUCGGAUGUGGAUGGGAGAAAAAGGCCUGCAACAAUGUGACAGACAACACAAGCGGUCCGCUGCGCUGCUCAGUAGUAGAGGAUCCGUGCACGGAGGAGCCAAACCGAGCCGCAUGCCCGCUGAGCAACACGGCGAACCGGAGCAACAAUGAACCGGCGGACAGCAGCAGCAGCAGCAUCAUCAUCCACGGAGGACCCACACGCUUUUUAGGUCCGGCUGUAUCCUGGCGGACACAUGGGCAGGAAGAAAUAGAAGCAUCACUUCAGGCCCUCCAGCUGAGCUUUGGGUAGUCCUGGCUGUGGUUCUGUGUUGUUGGUGGCCAGCUGAACAGGGGUGUAUGUGAGUGAGAGCUAAUGAAGUCCAGCAUGAGGCAGUGGCGGAGGCUGGUGCUUUUGGCAAUGCUGGCCUGGGUCCUCCUCUUCCUCGCCCUGCUCUCUUACUUCCUGGAUGCUCGUGUGGAUGAGCCCCUGACCUCUGCUGGCUCUUUGCUCUCCCAGCACCCCGACACCCGGCGCCUGGCCUCCAUACAGGCCUCCCAUCAGCAGCACGCCAUCCUGGGCUCCAGACCUGAGCUGGCUUUGCCGUUAACCACGACGUACCCCAGAGAAAAGCCGGAGCUGGAGCCUUCCGCCAGCUCUACGACACCAGAGACCAGCCUGGAGGUGAGCCACAGCCCAAACAGCGCUCCCUACGCCGUUUACGGGAGCCAGGAAGCGAGCCGGCAGGACUACCUGGACCCACAGAGCCUGGCUGCCUGGUCCUCCUUCGGUACAGAGAAUGUAGGUUCUCACUCAGACCCUGCAGUCCAGAGUCGUGAGAGAACAUCUCAAACCGCAGAGUAUCAGAACCAUAUCAGAGCCACUCGUUACCAUGGUGGCGAGGAAGAGGAAGAUGAUGAGAGGGAAAAUGAAGAUGAGGAGCUGGGAAACAGAAUGAGGACUGCAGCAGACAGGAGGGCCGGUGGAGACUCCUCCGAUCUGGAGGAAUAUUAUUUCUCCAAGUCAGCCUCCGUGGUGCAGCGGCUGUGGAGGGGCCGUGUGUCCGCCGACAUGCUGAGCCCUCGGCUGCAGCGCGCCAUGAAGGACUACCUGAGCGCCAACAAGCACCACGUCUCCUACAGCGGCCAUCGCAGGACCGCUCAGAGCGCCAAGGAGCUGCUAUGUCAGAUUAAAGCUCAAGCCCGGCUGAGGACAGUGGACGGGUCCGAGCAGCCCUUCUCCUCGCUGGGCUGGGCUCGUCUGGUGCCGUCCGUCCCCCUGGAGCAGCUGCAAGACCAGAGCAGCUUCAAGACCUGUGCAGUGGUCACCUCUGCUGGAGCCAUCCUGCGCUCAGGACUGGGCAAGGAGAUCGGUGAGUGGUGAAAACAAAGACUGAUUCACUAAUAGGGUCAAUAUAUAACUGCAGGACUUUUUAUAACAUUGCUGACAGGUAUCAUAGUUCACAUUUUAGCUGUUUUCAGGCCUAAAAUCAACAUGGCCACCUAUAGCCAAACACCACACGGCAUUUUAGAGAAAGAUUCUUCUAAAUAUUAUAUAUACAACUGAUUUCUACAGAUAUUGUAGUAAACCUGUUGACUACUUUCUAUUAAAUAAGUCAGAAAGCCUUGGAGUCUGGCCAGUCUUUUCUUCAGGAGGAAAUGACAUCAUGUGGAGCAGGUCAUGUGAUCUGGAAUUAACACACUUCCUGGAGAGGUGUUUUUGGAAUGGGGAACUUAGUUGAAAGGGAUUUAAUUAGUUAUUUUCCAUGUAAAAUGUGAUAUAUUGCCAAAAAAGAAAUAUCUGUCAUGAUUAUCUCAACUUAAUAAAAGAACACAAUCCAAACUAUUUCUGAAUCAGCUCAUUUUAUUAUUGUUUAGCUCAUUAGAAGGUGGUUGGUAUUAAAUUCAGAUGGUUAUUUACUUCAUAUUUUAGUGAUAUCCAGUCGUUUUUUUUAUUAAUCAGUGAUUGUUUCCAUAAUAAAUAAUGAUGGAAUUUGUAAAGACAUGAUCAAAAUGAACAUAAAGAAACCUAAUGUUUUUUUUUCACUUUUAAUAAAAAUGUAUGCAGAUAUA